CCGCCACUAAUAUGCUUUUCUUCAACAAAUCCCUCUCUCUCUCUCUCUCUCUGGUGGUACUCGUUUUCUGAAGAAUUCUCUCUCUAGAACCUCUGUCUAGAACCUGGACACAGAAAGAGAGCAAUGUGUCCGCUGAGAAUCAUCUUGAUCUUCCUUUCGGCCACGCUUGCAGGGUUUUUCGUGCUGAGGAACCUCAAAUCUCAACCACAAGUCGUCCACACCGACGAUUCUGUCAAUAAUCCCUCUGAAUCAUCAUCCACUUCUGACAAACAAUCUUCCAAGGUUUGGGGGGCAAUUGGGGCAGGUCUCUGGACCUGCGUGGACAUGGCAAGCGGCCGCUAUCUCUGGAGGACUCUGGUUUCAUCUUCUUCUUCGAAACGCUCCGUCUGAUCCUUUCCCUUUCUCUGUCCCUCCGUUUCUUUUCAUGUCGUGGCUUGGUUGUUUGUUGCUUUUCGAUCUUGCUGUCAAUCGCUUCUACUUUGUACAAUUGUAGUUAGCGGGUGUAUUUUUUUGUAACAAUAGCCAUACCUUUGAACUCAUGCCGAUUCUCGAACCUGUAAUGUUUCUCUUUUGUUAUUAUAUGUUUUUUGUAUAUUCUAUGGCUUCUUCUCUGCAUUCAUUUUUGUGGCUUCUUUUCGGUUUUCGUUUUGUUCGUAUAUAAAUGGUAU